AUGGUUUCAAACAAGAAAGGACCAGGUACUACGUCUCAGCCUGACGAUGCUGCCCUUUUUGAUAUAGAUUUUGCAAACGAUUCUAUGGGCCAUCCAGCUUCAAAUAUAACAUCGACAGACAAUACAGAAUCUUAUGUAGCUGCACCACAUAUGUUUCCAGAAGAAGUCAUUGAUUUGAAUGAUGAUGACGAUAUAGAGAAUGACAUAUAUGACAACCCCUUUCAAGAUCAACAAUCUGACACAUGGAAUGAUAAUAGAUUUGAAACAUCGUCAAAUUACCAACCAGACUUAUUUCAAUCUGGGAAGAAGGAAGGUACCUUUUCAAAGAUAAAAAAUGCAUUCUCAUUUAAAAGGAAUGCACGUUCACAAUCUGAAGGUUUUGAAAUGAACAAUUACAAUGCUGUUACAGAGAAUGAUUUUGACGAUGGCUAUACAAAUUCUAGAAACCAAUUUAACAUUAAAAUUCUGUUCAACAAAUAUAUACUGAGAAAGAAAGUAACUAAUGUCAAUGAAGCUGGCGUUCCUCGUGAAAUAUUCAUCAAUGAUAGAGCCGAGAACGCAAAAUACGGAUACAAUGACAAUUAUAUCUCCACUACAAAGUAUAAUGUUGCAACUUUCUUACCUAAAUUUUUGUUCCAGGAGUUUUCGAAGUAUGCUAAUUUGUUUUUUCUGUGUACAGCUGCCAUUCAACAAGUUCCACAUGUUUCACCAACGAAUAGAUAUACAACAGUAGGAACAUUGAUGGUUGUUCUUUGCGUUUCUGCCAUGAAAGAAAUAAUUGAAGAUAUGAAAAGAUCCAACUCUGAUAAAGAAUUAAAUAACUCGAAAACAGAAAUCUAUUCAGAGUCUCAAAGUACUUUUGUUGCAGGAAGAUGGAUCGAUAUCAAAGUCGGUGAUAUUAUCAAGGUCAAUUCAGAAGAAGCAAUUCCUGCUGAUUUAAUCGUUCUUUCCUCUUCGGAACCAGAAGGGUUAUGUUAUAUCGAGACAGCGAAUUUAGAUGGUGAAACAAAUUUGAAGAUUAAACAAUCGAGAAUUGAAACUACCAACUUAAUGGAUUCGAGAAGCAUCGUUACUUUGAAUGGCGGCAAAGUUAAUUCAGAACAUCCAAAUUCAAGUCUAUACACAUUUGAAGGUACUUUGGAAUUUAAUAAUCAAAAGAUUCCAUUAUCCCCAGAACAAAUGAUUUUAAGAGGUGCCACUUUAAAGAAUACUGGUUGGAUAUUUGGUCUUGUCAUAUUUACUGGCCACGAAACGAAAUUAAUGCGUAAUGCGACAGCCACCCCGAUUAAAAGGACAGCUGUGGAGAGAAUUAUCAAUAUGCAAAUUAUUGCAUUAUUUGGUGUUUUGAUCGUCCUCAUUUUGAUUUCAUCUCUGGGUAAUGUUAUAAUGAGUGCAACAAAGGCAAAUCAUAUGUCUUACCUUUAUCUAGAAGGGGUAAAUAAAGUUGGUCUUUUCUUCAAAGACUUUUUAACAUUUUGGAUUCUAUUCUCAAAUUUAGUUCCCAUUUCAUUAUUCGUUACAGUUGAGUUGAUCAAAUAUUAUCAAGCUUACAUGAUUGGUUCAGAUCUUGAUUUAUAUUAUGAACCAACAGAUACACCAACGGUUGUCCGUACUUCCUCAUUGGUUGAAGAGUUAGGGCAAAUUGAAUAUAUAUUCAGUGACAAGACUGGUACAUUAACAAGAAAUAUUAUGGAAUUUAAAUCAUGUUCAAUAGCUGGCCGUUGUUAUACUGAAAAUAUACCUGAAGGUAAAAGUGUCACCAUGGAAGACGGCCUUGAAGUUGGUUAUAGAAAUUUUGAUGAUAUGAAAAAGAAACUAAAUAAUCCUAAUGAUGAUGAAUCUCCACUAAUCGACGAUUUCUUAACUUUAUUAUCUGUUUGUCACACUGUUAUCCCUGAAUUUCAAAACGAUGGAUCUAUUAAAUAUCAAGCCGCAUCUCCUGAUGAAGGUGCAUUGGUAGAAGGUGGUGCCAGUUUAGGAUAUAAAUUUAUCAUUCGUAAACCAAGUUCUGUCACAAUUUUAAUAGAAGAUUCCAAUGAAGAAAAAACAUAUGAACUUUUAAAUGUUUGUGAAUUCAAUUCAACAAGAAAGAGAAUGAGUGCGAUUUUCAGGUUCCCAGAUGGGUCCAUCAGAUUGUUUUGUAAAGGUGCCGAUACUGUUAUCUUAGAAAGAUUGGAUAGUGAGUUCAACCCAUAUGUAGAAGCUACGAUGAGACACUUAGAAGAUUAUGCGGUAGAAGGGCUAAGAACAUUAUGUUUAGCAACAAGAACAAUAUCGGAGCUCGAGUAUAAAGAAUGGAGUAAGAAAUAUAAUGAAGCUGCCACAACUUUGGACGAUAGAUCUACAAAAAUAGAUGAAGUUGCCAACCUAAUUGAGCAAAAUUUAUUUCUUAUUGGUGCUACCGCUAUUGAAGAUAAAUUACAAGAUGAAGUACCGAAGACAAUACAUACGUUACAAGAAGCUGGUAUAAAAAUAUGGGUCUUGACUGGUGAUAAACAAGAAACGGCAAUCAAUAUUGGUAUGAGUUGUCGUUUAUUGACUGAGGAGAUGAAUUUAUUAAUUAUCAACGAAGAGACUAAAGAAGACACAAAGCAGAAUAUGUUAGACAAGAUUACUGCACUUAAAGAACAUAAGUUAUCACAACACGAAAUGAAUACUUUAGCUCUUGUAAUUGAUGGGAAAUCACUUUCUUACGCAUUAGAACCUGAUUUAGAUGACUACUUUCUAGCCAUUGCAAAAUUAUGUAAAUCCGUUGUGUGUUGUAGGGUAUCACCACUUCAGAAAGCUCUGGUUGUUAAGAUGGUGAAGAGGAAGACAAAUUCAUUGCUAUUAGCUAUUGGUGAUGGUGCGAAUGAUGUUAGCAUGAUUCAAGCUGCGCAUGUCGGUAUCGGUAUCAGUGGUAUGGAAGGUAUGCAAGCUGCACGUUCAGCAGAUAUUGCAGUUGGUCAAUUUAAAUAUUUAAGAAAAUUAUUACUUGUUCAUGGUGCAUGGUCUUAUCAAAGAAUAUCUGUGGCAAUUUUGUAUUCCUUUUACAAGAAUACUGCAUUAUACAUGACUCAAUUUUGGUAUGUUUUCGCCAAUGCAUUUUCUGGUCAAUCAAUCAUGGAAUCAUGGACAUUAAGUUAUUAUAAUGUCUUCUUUACUGUAUUCCCACCUUUUGUUAUUGGUGUUUUCGAUCAAUUUGUUAGUAGUCGUCUGUUGGAACGUUAUCCACAACUAUAUAAACUGGGACAAAAGGGACAAUUUUUUCUUGUGGCGAUAUUUUGGGGAUGGAUUGUUAAUGGGUUUUAUCAUUCAGGUGUAGUGUUUAUUGGUACUAUGUUAUUUUAUCGUUAUGGUAUGGCUUUGAAUAUGCAUGGUGAACUUGCAGAUCAUUGGACUUGGGGUGUAAGUAUAUACACAACAAGCAUAUUAAUUGUUUUAGGUAAAGCAGCUUUAGUAACAAACCAAUGGACGAAAUUUACAUUGUUUGCAAUUCCAGGAUCCUUUAUAUUUUGGCUAAUAUUUUUCCCAAUAUAUGGUUCUAUUUUCCCAUACGCAAAUAUAUCUAGAGAAUAUUUUGGUAUUGUAAAGCAUACUUACGGUUCAGGUACUUUUUGGUUAACUUUGAUUGUUUUACCUGUAUUUGCAUUGAUGAGAGAUUUCAUUUGGAAAUAUUAUAGAAGAAUGUAUGAACCAGAAAGUUAUCAUGUGGUACAAGAAAUGCAAAAGUUCAACAUUAGUGAUUAUCGUCCACAUGUGCAACAUUUCCAAAAUGCAAUCAGGAAAGUAAGACAAGUUCAAAGAAUGAAGAAACAAAGAGGGUUUGCAUUUUCACAAUCUGAAGAAGGUGGACAAGAGAGAAUUAUCAGGAUGUAUGAUACCACACAGAAAAGGGGUAAAUAUGGUGAGCUACAAGAUGCAUCUACUGAUCCAUUUGCUGAUAAGGGUGUUGUGAAUAACAAUCCAUCUAGUGAAUCAUUUAAUAUUAUUGACAACACCCAACUUCCUACUAAUCCAUUUACAGAUGAAGCCAGUAGUGACGAUCGAAAUACUGGUAAUAAUGAAGAGACACAUCCAUCCUUAAUUGAUGAUAUUCCGCCUAUAAGGCAUUCUGGAGCCAGAGAUUCAUUUGAAAUAUAA